CUCUGAUCCCAGCACAUGACCCCACGCCUUUGUUACCAUGCAUUUGGAUUGAUAAACCCACGUCUGUGACCUUCUUUCAACCUCUUUCCUCUCUUCACCACGUCCUCCCGCUCUGUCCAUGCAUCAUGUGCUUCUUUUGGAUCCUGGAAACCACAGCCGUCGUGUCCACACUCUGGACAGCAGCUGAAGCUAUCCGUCGCCUUUAUUUCCACCCACUAGCCCAUAUUCCUGGGCCCCGCCUUGCAGCACUCACAUGGUGGUACGAGUUCUAUUAUGACGCCAUUCAACCUGGUCAAUACAUCUUCAAGAUCCAGGAGCUUCAUAAGCAGUAUGGUCCGAUUAUCCGUGUUACCCCCGAUGAGAUUCACAUCAACGAUGUUGGCUUUCUGGAUAUCAUCUAUGCUCCGUCAAUGGCGCGAAGAGACAAGUACGCCUAUCAGCUAAGAAGCCUUCGAGUUCCUGGUGGGGUGGGCACGACCGCCGACUACAGCUUGCAUAAAGUCCGACGGGAAGCUCUCACGCAGUUCUUCAGCAAGAAGAAUAUCCUCUACCUGGAGGGGCUAAUUGCAGAUAAAGUGGGCCAGCUAAAGCAAAUAAUCGCGACCCAUGCUACCAACAAGACGCCAAUUAACUUCUCAGACGUAUUCUUUGCCUUCUCAAACGAUGUUGUCACCAAUUUCCUCUUCGCGCAUCAGACAGACAUACUCUUGGAUGAGCAGAAAGCUGCCACGCUCCGCCACAACAGCAAGGAACUAAUGAUGGGAAUCAAUCUCAACAAGCACUUUCCACAGGUCCCUGAUUUCCUAGAGUCGCUUCCAAUGUCCAUAAGCCGCCCGAUAAUGCCUCCCGGACUUAUUGACAUGCUUUCUCUCUUUGAACGAGUUCGCAACGAGGUACUUGCUAUCAUGCGCGCCAAAGAGUCAGGGAUCAGCUCUAACAAGCCCGUUGGACCAACGGGCAAGGAGUCGGUUUACGAUUCAGUAUUGGACUGCCAGAGUCUGCCUCCGUCAGAAAAGACUCUUUUGCGUCUUGAGCAGGAGGGAGCCUUGCUGGUAUUAGCCGGGACUGAAUCGCCAGCUCAGACACUUAACAUUAUAUUCUACCAUCUUCUUGCCAACCCGACCCUCCUAGAGAAGCUUCGCGAUGAGCUCCAUACAGUCCCUGCAUCCGCCUCAUGGACCCAGCUCGAACAGCUCCCAUACCUGUCCGCUGUAAUCGAAGAAGGCAACCGGCUUUCCUUUGGUGUCACAGCCAGAACUGCCCGUAUCGCCCACGAGCCGCUAAUCUAUACGCCUUCUUCCCACGUCCCAUUGACUUGCCCACCGAGCACGAGAACCAGAUCAUACACGAUUCCAGCCGGCACGCCAGUAAGCAUCACGACUCUUGCCGCACACACAGCGGAAAGUGUCUUCCCCAAGCCCUAUGUUUUUGAUCCUGACCGUUGGCUUGGUGAUGCUGGGAAGGAGCGACGGAAGUUCCAGAUGGCCUUUGGCAAGGGCGGGCGGAGAUGCCUUGGUAUUGAACUAGCGCGUGCAGAGCUCUACCUUGUCAUCGCAGCCUUAGUUCACGGAUUCGAAAUGACCUUGUUUGAAACUGAUGCUGAUGAUGUGGCAUUUUUGCAUGAUUAUCAUGUGGCCAUGCCGAAGAUGGGGUCGAAAGGUGUGAGAGUUAUAGCAAAGGCUGUGCCGUAG